AUGUCUGAUUCCCACGAUGUCCAUCUUGUCCACUUGAAGAAUGCUCUCACUACGAUGUACUCCAAUGCUGACGAGCUCUCCAAGAAGAAUGCCUUUCAGUUUCUAGAAAAUUUUCAGAAGUCCUUUGAGGCCUGGAACCUCGUCAACUUGAUCUUGCAAAACGACAACAUCAACGCCUAUUCAAUUGAGACCAGGCUCUUUGCUGCUCAGACACUCAGAUCUAAGAUCAUCUACGACCUCACCCAAAUGGCUCCUUCAAACGCAUCCAAUUUCGAAAACUUGCUGCAAUUGAAAAAUUUCAUCCUCACUUCCUUGCUUUUCUAUUCCUCCCCCAACUUCAAUUCAAAACUCAUAAGAACACAACUAAACCUUUCUCUCAUCAAUCUCUGUUUGCAGUACUUGUCCUGGGAAAACCCCAUCGAUGAAAUCAUAUCCUUCUUCUCCUCCAACACCCAACAACUUGCCAAUUCCAUCCCAAAUGAUCCCAACAGCAGCAGCAACAACAACAACAAUCUAUUGGAAUUCCUAAAAAUCCUACCAGAAGAGGUCUCUUCCAAAAACAAAACCCCUCUUACCGAUGACGAAUUCACUAAACGUUCUAAUCUCUUGAUCACCUCUCAAACUGAUAAAAUUUUCACCUUCCUUAUAUCUUCAAUCAACAAUAUUCAAUCCACCCCAUCUCUUCAAAACACAGCCAUAAUCCAAAAUAUUAAAUUGCUACUAGAAUGUCUUUCCUCCUGGAUUAAAGAAUUCCCAAUACAAGUCAUCCUAGAAAAUAACUCCAUAAUAUCUUUCAUUUUCAAUUCCAUAAAUAUUGCUGAAACUUUCGAAAUCUCCAUCGAUUGUCUUUGCUCAAUUCUAAACGAAUCAAAGGAUCUAAUAGUAUACGAUACAACAACAAACGCCAUCAAUACAAACAAUCAGCCAAUCUACUCUCUCUACAACAGCAUACUCUCUCAACUACAACCUCUCCUUUUUAAUAACUUUGACGACUAUGAUAUUGUCAAUAAUCUAACAAGACUAUUUGUUGAAGCUGCCGAAUCUUGGCACAUUUUAAUUGUCUCAGAUCCUCAAACUUUCAACCCUCUAAUCCAACUACUAUUAAAAUGCUCAACCUACGAAGAUCUAGACAUAGUAAAAUACACCUUCUAUUUCUGGUUUCUUUUAAAACAAACCCUAAUCUCUCAAAAAUUUAAAAACUCGAAAAUCUACUUUAAAGACUCUUACUUGAAUCUAAUCCAAAUUAUCCUAAAACACCUACAAUAUCCAAAUCCAGAUGAUGACAACGAUGACGAUAACACCACCACCACAACUACCAAUACCACUACCAGCGCAACCGCCACCACCCAUAAUAACUCAAACUUAUCAACUUUAAAUAACGCUCCUACUUCUUCAUCAUCCAAAAACGAAAACAACAACAUGGACACAAGACAUUUAUUUGAUGACUUGGAACAAGAAGACAAGUUCAAAGAAUUUAGAUACGACAUGGGUGAUGUUCUAAAAGACUGCGUACUCAUUGUUGGCACAAAGGACGCUUUAUCCAUCCCUCUACAACAACUAUCCGAUUUCCUAUCCUCCUACAAUAACUCCCCAAACAAAUCUUACUACAACUGGCAACCAGUAGAAGCUAGCUUUUUUGCCUUAAGAUCAAUGGCCCAAGAAAUCCAUCUAUCUGAAAACACAAUCCUACCCCAAAUUAUGCAAAUCGCGAUUAAUUUACCAAAGGAAAACCUAAAAAUUAGAUACGCUAUAACUUUAUUCUUUGGUAGAUACACAGAAUGGACUUCAAGGCAUAAUGAAUAUCUAGAACUACAACUAAACUAUAUUAUAAACAACUUUCAAUCUCAAGAUUCUCAAAAUAACUUACCCUUAAUUAGUGCCUCCUCUCAUUCUUUAAUGUACUUUUGCCAGGAUUGCUCAAAAUUAUUAAUCCCCUUUUUACCAAAUUUAUACCAGUUUUACUCAAACGUUAAAAACAAUAUAGACCUCUCAAGUCUUUAUGAACUAACUGAUGGAAUCGCUCACAUAAUCAACAAACAAGAUGAAAUUGAACAAUUUGAAAAUUCAAAAUUAUUCCUAGAACCAAUCUUAUCCGUCUUGAAUAACUACAACCUUUGCUUUCAAUCAAAGGACUUUUCAAAUAUAUCUGGCGUCUCAAAUGAAAAGGAUUUAUCAAUCAAAAUCGCUGAUGAAAUUGAAAUCAUCUCAAUCUUUAUCAGUCUAAUUAAACCAAAAAAUUUAACCGCAGACUCAAAUCAAAUCUCAAAUCUAAUCAUCCAAUUCAUUUGGCCAAUUGUUAAAGACUUGCUAAAUAAUUUUGGUUCCUAUUCUCCCGUCAGUGAAAGGGGCUUGAAAUUCAUUAAAUUAUCACUACAAACUUAUACAACUUAUCUCCUACCAAUCUUAAGUGAUAUCAUCAACAUAUUAUCAAUUGGCUUUCAAAAAUAUCAAUAUGGCUGCUAUAUAUGGCUAACUGGUGUUGUUAUUAGAGAAUUCAGCGAUGAAUAUAUCACUGAUGACAUUAAAAAAAUCGUCACUUACUUUGCAUUUCAACAAUCAUUAACUUUUUUCGAAUUUUUCAGUCAAAAGACAUCCUUAAUGAUUCCUAGUAACAAUUUUAUACCAACCUUACCCUCCGAUAAAUUAUCGGCUUUGGUUGAUAUAUCUGAUAAUAUUGAAGACUUUUACAGAAUGUUAGAUGAAUUCUUAACGUUUUAUCCUUUUGAAUUUAUUAGAUCUUCUGAAGUCGUUUAUAAAUCUUUAGAAGUGGCUUUAUAUUCUUUAAACUCUGAUAAAUUCGAAUGUGGUGCAGCCGUUUUGCAUUAUUUAGUCGAUUUGUUUUCUUGGGGCUUUGAAUAUCCUCCAAUAUCAUAUUUUGAUGAAGUCCCUAAUGAUAUUAGACAAUUAAUCUUUGAUAUCUUGAUGUCUAAUUCAAAUAAUGUCCAACAAAAUUAUGCAUUCAAAUUCUUAACAAGAUUGAUUUUUGGAUUAAUUUAUAAUUUCCCAUUGGACUGUCAACCUGAUGUUUAUGAUUUGAUCAAUAAAUUACUACAUUUAUCAUUUAUUUCAAAUAAAACAGAUAAUAGACAAGUUAUUUAUACUUGGUUUACGAAUUUACUUGAUUUUUUUCCAGAAGGUAGUGUUUCCGAACCUGAAAAGGUUAAAUUACUUUCAUCAAUCACAAAUUGCUUAAAUUCAAAGGAUUUUCGAAACGUCAAAAACAGUAUCACUGAUUUUAUCAGUUAUUAUAUUAGAAAAAAUGUCAAACCAAGAACCACAUUUGGCAACAGCGAUGAUGGUUUAUUUAAUUAA